AACCACCCCUCUCUGAUCCGCCCCCACAGUCCCACACCCACGUUCUCCUUUCUCCCCCCUUCCUCAAACACUCGAGCCCUAGUUCCUCUCUCAGUCUCUCUCCUCUCAGGCGCUCGAUUUCACCUCUCCCCAUCGAGCAAUAGCUGCUCAUCUCUCUCCGAUCGAGCCCUAGUUCCUCUCGAUCAACAGGAGAAUCGAAUCUUCAACUUGUGGAGGCAACGGUUAGGGUUUCAGUCUAGUUCGAGCGUCUCUCCUGUUCAAAUUCAGGCCUUUGAUCGAGCAAUUUCAACAUUCAGGUCUUCAAUCGAACUAAUCACUGGAUUUUGAGGCAUUACAGACUCCCUUUAGAAGCUAUCUUCUACCUAUGUUGGCUCUUGGAAAAUGACUGAGGUAGUAACUGAUGCUAAUGCUGGAAAUAGACGGCGUUUACCAUCAUGGAUGCUGCAGGUAAAAUCUGGUGAUGAACAAAGAAAAUCUGCAGGUAAAGAUGCAAAAUGUUCUCGACCAGAAGAAGAGACCAAGAGUCCAGCAGCUCGGUCUAAGAUAAAACCUGAUCAAAAGAUUCGAUAUAAGACCCUAACUCAGGAGUCUCCACAGCAAUCAGAUAGCUUGCAAGGGUGUGAGGUAAGGCGAAGAACCAAAAAAACAACAAGAAAAGAUGAUGGUCCCUCCACUUCUUUAACGGUUUGUAGUGGGGCUAAGAGAAAAAUCAAGAGGAAGAUCCUUGAAACAUCAGUAAAUGAAAGUACUGCUGCUACAAAGAAGCAUGUAAAGAGUAAAAGGCUCAAAAAUAGUGAGUUGGAAGUAGUAUCCCCAGGAAGGAGCGACAAAGAAAUAUCAUUGACAGUUGAAGAUCUUCUCACCAUUGCAGAAGAGUAUGUUGCUGCUGAUAAGGAACAACAAAAUGAACUACUAGCUUCAAGAGAGUGCACAUCAGAAACAAAUCCUUCAAACCUGUCAAUUUCGUCGAAGGCUAUUAAGGGCAGAGCUCUCCAAGCUGGUGAAUCCAGUCACAUAUUAUCCAGAUGCACAAGUACCAAUCAUAGUUCUCGUCUAAGUGAGAACGAAGAGAAGGAAGGAGAGAACCACAAAAGUGGAAAUUUCUCUGGUAACAUUAUAAGCACAGGAGACACUGCUCAAGAUAUGUUGAAUCUCUAUCUAGGUCCUUUUAUGAUGAAAUCUCCAAGCAAGGAGCAGAGUAUUCAGAAAAUUGAACCAAAAAGAUUGGUGUCAGCUCAGACAAUCGAAUCAAAGAGAUGGACGUCAGCUCAGACAAUUGACUCAAACAGAUUGCCAUCAAUUCAGGAAAUUGAAGCAAAAGAAUUGCCCUCAAUUUGGGCAAUUGAAUCAAAAACAUUACCAUCAAUCUAUGAAUUAAACGAACAGCUCACAAGCCAUGAAUUUUCGAAAGAAGAGGCACCCUUGAUGAAGAAGAAGAGCAGUCUCAAGGACAAGGUGGCUAUGUUCUUUGACCAGUCAGAUAAAUUUUGAGGAGAAUGACAUACUAAUUAAUUAACCAGGUCAAAAAGAAGAGCUUUUACUAUGCUUCUUAUAUCUCCUUAAGAUACUAAGUCGAGGCCCCAGCAAGUGAAUUGGUAACUGAUGGGCAUGGAAUCAAGAGAAAACAAGAUAAGAGAAGACUGAGUCACGUCAAUGUCUUCAAGGCUUCCUUCGACGGGCUGUUUGUUUGGGCUAAAAAGUGGAGAAAAUGGGUUUUGGAAAACUGACAGCCCAUUUCUUAUAUUUUCCUUCACCUUCUGACGUUUGGUUCACAAAAACGAAAGAAGGAAAGAGGGAGAAAACUGGCGUUUAAAGGAAAAUUUGGGGCCGAUCUGUUUUCCGCCCUUAAGUCCCCGUUUUUGCAGAAAACUCGCGGAAAGUGAAGAGGAGGGAAAGUUUAGGGUUCCUGCCUCCUCAAUCCCGUCACCGCUCCCUCUCUCUCUCCCGCCUCCCUCAUUCCCUUGCCCCUCCCGCUUCGCAUAGACGAACAAAGCCGACGAAGCCGACGAACAUGUAUGACCGACAACCUCAAUUGUGAGGAACUUGAUAAGGUCAAAGGGAUGAGAGAGCUGCCACCUUCCAAAUUUCAGUUCAAACAAGAAGACUGAAGUACCCAUUCAUGGAGAGGAUGGAUCGCGAAUCAAAAAGCAUACUUUGGCAGUCAUACUGACAGUUUUGAUGUUAUGCAGGGGCAUUUUUUAUCAGCAAAGUUGAUAUGGCAAGCUCCGCCUUCCAACCCCUUGCUCAGGCAAUCGGUGUUGCAGUUUUGAUCGCUGCAUGUUGAACCCUCCAUUGUCAUCAUCCCAUCGUCCACAAAAGACAAGUGUAUUUAAGUGAUCCAUAAGCGUUAAGGUAGUAAAAGAGUUAGUUUAAAUAACUUUUGGAUAUGAGGAGAAGAUCGAAGAGCAGCAGGUAAUU